UUUUGCCUCCCGCAGCUCCAGUGCCCAGAGCUUCCUCUCUCCGGGUUCCGCAACCCCAUCCCCUCCCCUAGAGCCCCCUAGAGCCCAGUAGGAAGCUUCCCGAUCCUCGACCCCACCCUAGGCCCCCCGGAAGCUGCCUUCCUCCUCCUCACCUCUCGGGCUUGGGAUCCAGCCGGAUGGACCCAGGUUGCAGAUCGAGAGGGUAACCCAGGCGACCCGGCCCCUUCGGCCCUCUCAGCCCCACCCCCUGCAGCCGGAGCCGCGCCCCCCUCUACCACCGAUCCAGGAGCAGAGGACAGAAGAGAUUGAGCAAAGGGGGGUGGGGGCUCCAGGCAACACCCAGCCCAGUUCUGCCCCUCCAUUCCAAGGGGCAGAUAAAUUGUGUUCCUUUGCUGACCCUUUAGCAGGGGAAAAAAAAAAUAAUAGAGAGAAAGAUAAAAGGAGACGGAGGAAAGGUGGCAGCCAGAUUGCUUAGGAGAGAAGAGAUCGGGGUGAGUCGCCAUGGGGACUCCCAGGGCCCAGCACCCGCCGCCUCCCCAGCUGCUGCUCCUGAUUCUGCUGAGCUGUCCCUGGAUUCAGGGUCUGCCUCUUCAGGAAGAUGAGACGCUGCCGGAGCCUGGCAGUGAGACCCCCACCAUGGCCUCGGAGGCACUGGCCGAGCUGCUCCACGGGGCCCUGCUGAGGAGGGGCCCGGAGAUGGGCUACCUGCCGGGAUCUGAUCCAGACACCACACUGGCCACCCCUCCAGUCGGCCAGACUCCCGCAGCGCCCUACCUGCCACGGGCCACUGAACCAGCCACAGGGCCUCUGACAACAGCCGUAACCCCUAAGGGCGUCAGGGGGGCAGGACCCACGGCGCCAGAGCUGCUGACCCCGCCUCCAGGAACCACAGCCCCGCCCCCUCCCAGUCCCCCCUCCCCGGUCCCACCUCUGGGACCCGAGGGAGGAGAGGAAGAGACCACGACUACCAUCAUCACCACGACCACCGUCACCACCACAGUGACCAGUCCAGUUCUGUGCAAUAACAACAUCUCCGAGGGCGAAGGGUUUGUGGAGUCUCCAGACUUGGGGAGCACCGCCAGUCGCACCCUAGGGCUCCUGGACUGCACGUACAGCAUCCACGUCUACCCUGGCUACGGCAUUGAGAUCCAGGUACAGACACUGAACCUGUCUCAGGAGGAGGAGCUCCUGGUGCUGGCUGGAGGGGGCUCCCCAGGCCUGGCCCCCCGACUCCUGGCCAACUCUUCCAUGCUGGGACAAGGACAGGUCCUUCGGAGCCCAACGAACCGGCUGCUCCUGCACUUCCAGAGCCCGCGCGUCCCACGGGGUGGUGGCUUCAGGAUCCACUAUCAGGGGAUAUUGGGACAUGUGUUUGGAGAAGGUGAUGACUAA